CAAAGUCUUAUCAUAGUAUAAACAAAGAGGGAAGAUAAUUUAACCUCAAAGAUUUCACCUUAAUUAAAUCAUCAUCCGAAUUAUCCUCACCACCAACUUUGGUUUUUUUCUCACAACGUCAUCAGACGGUCCAACUACUCCACUCUUCCGCUGCCAAAAACAUCAAAGUUCUGAUCCAACACUCAAAAUCCUCAGUCCAAUUCCUCUGAAAAUUCCCCGAAAAUCAUGUCCUCCUUGUUCCUGAUCCUGUUUAUAAUCUCCCAUUCCCUCUGUGUUUUUGUCAAUUCAGCCGGCGAAGUCAACGACUCUCUGACGUUGUUAUGGCCGCUGCCGGCCGAGUUCACCUUCGGGAACAAGACCCUCUCCGUCGACCCGGCGCUCUCGCUGGUUGUUGGCGGGAACGGCGGCGGCUCCGGCAUUCUGAAGUUGGGUUUUGAUCGGUACAGAGAGAUUGUAUUCAAGAACAAUCAUGGGGUUUUAGCUUUGAAUACACUGGGGGGAAGUAGACAGAGUUAUGAUAUUAGUAAGCUGAGAAUUGUGGUUGAAUCGGCCGACGAAGAUCUUCAACUUGGUGUGGAUGAGAGCUAUACUUUGUUUUUGGUGAAGAAUGAUGGCAAAUCGAUUGUUGGUGAGGCGACGAUCGAGGCGAACACUGUGUAUGGUGCUCUGCGGGCUUUGGAGACAUUCAGCCAGUUGUGUACUUUUGAUUAUGGGAGUAAAUCUGUACAAGUAAGUAAGGCACCCUGGUACAUAAAGGAUAGUCCAAGGUUUGCAUACCGAGGACUUUUGAUUGAUACAUCAAGGCACUAUUUACCAAUUGAAGUGAUUAAGCAAGUGAUCCAGUCGAUGUCGUAUGCUAAACUUAAUGUUCUUCAUUGGCACGUCAUAGAUAGAGAGUCUUUUCCUUUAGAAGUACCUUCCUAUCCAAAAUUGUGGAAUGGUGCGUACACAAAAUGGGAGCGCUACACGGUUGAGGAUGCAAUUGAAAUUGUCAACUUUGCCAAAACAAGAGGCAUCAAUGUUAUGGCCGAAGUAGAUGUCCCUGGUCAUGCAGAGUCAUGGGGCACUGGGUAUCCUGAUCUUUGGCCUUCCCCUUCCUGCAGAGAGCCACUUGAUGUUUCGAAGGACUUAAGUUUAGAUGUGAUUUCUGGAAUUCUGACAGAUAUGAGAAAGAUUUUUCCCUUUGAGCUGUUCCACUUGGGCGGUGAUGAAGUUAAUACAACUUGUUGGAACACCACCCAACAUGUGAAGCAAUGGCUUGAAGAGCGGAACAUGACUACUAAAGAUGCAUAUCAGUAUUUUGUUAUUAAAGCACAAGAAAUAGCAAUUUCAAAGAAUUGGACCCCGGUAAACUGGGAAGAAACCUUCAAUACCUUCCCAUCGAAGCUCAAUCCCAUGACCAUAGUGCAUAACUGGUUGGGCUCAGGGGUUUGUCCAAAGGCAGUUGCCAAAGGUUUCAGAUGUAUUUUCAGCAAUCAGGGUGUUUGGUAUCUUGACCAUCUAGAUGUCCCUUGGGAUGUUACGUACAAUGCUGAUCCACUUGAAGGAAUUACUGAUAUUUCUCAGCAAAAGCUUGUUAUCGGAGGAGAAGUAUGUAUGUGGGGGGAGACAGCUGAUACGUCAGAUGUUCAGCAAACCAUUUGGCCUCGAGCUGCAGCUGCUGCAGAACGCUUGUGGAGCAGGAGGGAGGUAACAUCUCAUGGAAAUAGUUAUGCAACGGCACUAUCUCGGCUACAAUACUUUAGAUGUCUCUUAAACAGACGUGGAGUUCAAGCUGCUCCAGUAACAAACUUCUUUGCUCGAAGUCCACCAACUUGGUCUGGAUCAUGCUACGAUCAAUAAUACUUCCAAUUGUUAUGGGAUAGUGCUAUUCACACACCCAUUUUUACUUCCCCACACACUUGUUAUUUGUUGGCCAUUGAUCUUCUUCAAUUCAUUCGAUCUGACGGUCAAAAAUUGAGAGGGGCGUGUGAGAAGUAGAAAUGAGUGUGUGGAUAACACUACCCUUGUUAUAUUAAGUGAUUUCACGAGUGGUAAGAUUCCCUUCCAAUGUUCUACCAAUAAACGAACCGUUAUAGAAUUCAGUGUUUCUCUUGCUUGAACAUGCAUUGCCUAUUUAUUGUAUGAUAUCUAUUGUUGUGGGUUUGAUCAGCCAGAUUUGAAGGUUUAGAAUCACAAAAUAUGGUCAUUGUAUUUGGCAAAAUACGUUGUCGUUGAGUAUAAAUUACUAAUAUGAUUGAAUUUCCUA